AUGUCCCAAAUCGACAGCGCCAAGAAGAAGAAGAUGGCAGACAAAAUCCUACCUCAGCGGAUUCGUGAGCUGGUCCCCGAGUCCCAAGCCUACAUGGACCUGCUGGCCUUUGAAAGGAAACUGGACCAGACGAUCAUGCGGAAGCGCCUGGAUAUCCAGGAGGCCCUGAAGCGACCCAUUAAGCAAAAGCGAAAGCUACGUAUUUUUAUCUCCAAUACGUUCAAUCCAGCCAAGUCGGACGCGGAGGAUGGUGAAGGAACGGUUGCAUCGUGGGAGCUGCGGGUGGAAGGUCGACUGCUGGAGGACUCUGCUUUGUCUAAAUACGAUGCCACCAAACAGAAAAGAAAGUUCUCGUCCUUCUUUAAAUCCCUGGUCAUUGAACUUGAUAAAGACCUGUACGGCCCCGACAAUCACCUGGUAGAGUGGCACAGGACGGCGACAACCCAGGAGACGGACGGCUUCCAGGUGAAGCGGCCGGGCGACGUCAACGUUCGCUGCACGGUCCUCCUGAUGCUUGACUAUCAGCCUCCCCAGUUCAAGCUGGAUCCGCGCCUGGCCCGUCUCCUGGGGAUCCACACCCAGACGCGCCCCGUGAUCAUCCAGGCACUGUGGCAGUACAUUAAGACCCACAAGCUGCAGGACCCCCACGAGCGAGAGUUCGUCAUCUGUGACAAGUACCUGCAGCAGAUAUUUGAAUCUCAGCGGAUGAAGUUCUCUGAAAUCCCUCAGCGGCUCCACGCGUUGCUUAUGCCCCCAGAACCCAUCAUCAUUAACCACGUGAUCAGUGUUGACCCAAACGACCAGAAGAAAACGGCCUGCUAUGACAUUGAUGUGGAGGUGGAUGAUACCUUGAAGACUCAGAUGAAUUCCUUCCUGCUCUCUACAGCCAGUCAACAGGAAAUUGCUGCUUUGGAUAACAAGAUUCAUGAAACAAUAGAAACAAUUAACCAGCUGAAGACGCAGCGGGAAUUCAUGCUGAGCUUCGCCCGAGACCCUCAGGGCUUCAUCAACGACUGGCUGCAGUCCCAGUGCCGGGAUCUGAAGACGAUGACUGAUGUCGUGGGGAACCCCGAGGAGGAGCGCAGAGCCGAGUUCUACUUCCAGCCGUGGGCGCAGGAAGCUGUAUGCAGAUACUUCUACUCCAAGGUGCAGCAGCGGCGGCAGGAGCUGGAGCAGGCCCUGGGAAUCCGUAACACAUAGGCUGCUUCCUCCCUGGCCAGAAGGCGCCUCAGCUGCGUGUGGAGACGGAGAGCUGCAGAGGAUG